AUACAAGUGGAUACAAAUUUGUUCACCUGCAAAUAUCUGCACUUUUCUCUUCUUUUCCCUCUUCUGUCAUUUCUUCUCAUCCAUUUUUGCAUCCUCAAUAGAACUAAAAACAACAGAAAGAAAACCUCUGCAAUGGCAUUGACUUCUCUCUCUCCAUUAUCCAUUAAAUCUCUCAAAAUCUAUUCUUCAUCCACAAAGUCUCCAUACCAUUUACCCUCUAAGCCUUUUAAAAUAGUUUGCCAAUUAGAGACACAAAGAGAAGAUCUGUUUCUUGAUUGUUCCAAAAUUAGGUCAAAGGUCAAUAGUUCUAAAUCUAGCAACUGGAGAACACUUGUUUCAACUGCAUUGGCAGUUGCAGUUGUUAGCUUUAGCUCUAAUUUGCCAGCUUUUGCUGAUCUUAAUAAGUUUGAAGCUGAGCUUCGCGGUGAGUUUGGUAUCGGAUCAGCAGCUCAGUUUGGUUCUGCAGAUCUCAGGAAAGCAGUGCAUGUGAAUGAAAAUUUCAGAAGAGCCAAUUUCACAGCUGCUGAUAUGAGAGAAUCAGAUUUUAGUGGAUCAACGUUCAAUGGUGCAUACCUGGAGAAAGCAGUUGCAUACAAGGCAAACUUCACAGGUGCAGAUUUGAGUGACACCUUGAUGGACAGAAUGGUUUUGAAUGAGGCGAACCUGACAAAUGCUGUGCUUGUUAGAUCGGUUCUCACUCGCAGUGAUCUUGGAGGAGCCAUCAUUCAAGGUGCUGAUUUCAGCGACGCAGUUUUGGACCUUCCACAGAAGCAGGCUCUCUGCAAAUAUGCAAAUGGAACAAAUCCAGUAACCGGAGUAAGCACCAGAAGAAGCCUAGGGUGCGGAAAUAGCAAAAGGAACGCAUAUGGUAGCCCUUCUUCUCCUCUUCUUAGUACUCCUCCUCAGAAACUGCUUGAUCGUGAUGGUUUCUGCGACGAACAAUCCGGUCUUUGUGAUGCUAAGUGAUUUUUACCCACAUAAUUGUCUAUAUAUAUGUAUAUAAAUAGAUCCAUAUUUUACUAUGAGGCAGAAAAAAAUGAUUUAAUUAAACUUUUGAAUAGUUUGUGAAUACAGAUUUUGAGGAACGGUAAGAAUCUCCAACGUAUCAAUUAUAAUUUUCUAGUGUAAUUCCAAUCGGUAAA